AUGGUGCUGUAUACUAAGCUUUUGGUGGCAGUGCUAGCGCACUAUGCCACGGCACAAUUUGUGCCUGCGCCCAGUGACUUGAUCACCAAGAAAGGAUAUGCCGGUGUCAAUGUGCGAUACAAGGAAGUGCCUGCUGGAAUCUGUGAACAAGAUCCCAACGUGAAGAGUUAUUCUGGUUACGCUGAUGUUGGUAAAGACGAGCAUAUUUUCUGGUGGUUCUUUGAGGCUAGAAAUGGGGAUCCUAAUGAUGCACCACUCACGGUCUGGAUCAACGGAGGUCCAGGAUCAUCCUCAAUGAUCGGGUUAUUCCAGGAGUUAGGCCCCUGCGGAGUUGAUCACGACGGAAAUGUAUUCAACAACCCCCAUUCCUGGAGCAACGUGAGCAAUAUGCUCUUCGUCGACCAACCCGCCACGGUUGGAUUAUCAUACACAGCCCCCAUUCCAGCCUAUGAGGAUAACGAUGGCAAUAUUAUUCAGCUGCCUAGCGAGGAGUGUCCCGAUUACGCCCAUGACCUUGGGACCUGCGGCACAUACUCCAAGCCAGACAUUGCCCUCGUCCCCAAUACAACUGCAAAUGCGGCCCCGAAUAUGUGGAAGACACUCCAAGGAUUCAUGGGAGCUUUCCCCCAGUACUCCCGAAAUGGCUUCAACUUCGCUACUGAGAGCUACGGAGGACACUACGGCCCAGUGUUCAACGAGUACUUUGUUGAACAGAACCACAAAAAGCCCCACGGCUCGAUUAAGAUCGAUCUUGAGAAUGUGCUUAUUGGAAACGGCUGGUUUGAUCCGCUGAUUCAGUACCAGGCGUACUACAACUUCUCCAUCUUCCCCGGAAACACAUACGACUUCAACCCAUACAACGAGUCUGUCCAGGCCGAAUGGUACAACAACCUUUAUGGAGAAGGAAACUGCGUCGAUCAGACGCUGGAAUGUUACGCGACCGGCCGAAACGAUAUUUGCUCUACGGCAGACAACUUCUGCGCUUCGAAGGUUGAGUCACUAUUCGACACUUACUCCGGGCGCGACGAAUAUGAUAUGCGCGAGUUGACACCGGAUCCGUUCCCGUAUGAGUUCUACGUCGAUUAUCUCAACAGCCCUAAGGUCCAAGCUGCUAUUGGCGCAUACCAGAACUUCUCAGAGUCCUCUGGGACUGUGGGCAAUGCCUUUGGAAGCACGGGUGAUGAUGACCGCGAGUCUGGGACGAUCGAGAGUGUGAAGAAGUUGCUGGAUGCAGGAGUACAGGUUUUGCUGUAUUUCGGAGAUGCCGAUUUCAACUGCAAUUGGCUUGGUGGACAAGUUAUUGCCGAAGAGAUCAAUGCCAAGGGCUACGAACACGCGGGCUUCGUUAACAUCACCACUUCGGAUGGUGUUGUUCAUGGACAAGUUCGUCAAAGUGACUUGUUCAGCUUUGUGCGAAUUUACGAGUCUGGCCACGAAGUACCUUUCUACCAGCCCUUGGCUGCAUUGGAAAUGUUUGAAAGAGUGGUCAAGAGAAAGGACAUUGCAACCGGAAAGAAAAAUUUGAAGCCACAUGGUGGUUAUCGCACCCAUGGAACUCCGACGAGCGAGUACCGGGAAGGUAACAGCACCGUGGUUCUGGAAGUGCUUGAUAGCAAUGCGACCUACAACACAACCCUCAACGGACCGAACCCAUCUAGCUCGGCGUCGAUCAGAUUGCGCAGAGCGGGCCACUGA